AUGUAUUAUUUAUCUGUACUUUUAUUGUCUGUGGCAUAUGCAAUGCCGAAUCCAGAGGCGCCAUUAAACGUAGAAUCGGCAGCACGGGCCAUGGGAAAGGAUUGCACAGGCGGGAUUUUUAGCCCUACGUGUUUGAAAAUAGAAGCUAUAUCGCUGUUGGAGAAAUUGAAUUCAAAAGAAGAGCUCCAAUUGUUGCCUGGUGUUAGUGUGGUGAAGGAAGAUAAGGAGAAUGGCAGUAAAGCUGAUGAAUUUGCAGCGGAAUUGGCGAGAGCACUGCCCUCAAAGCCGGAUGAGAGAUUGGAUAAAUAUCUCCUGUAUAGAUUGGGAUCGUAUUUGGAUUCUCAUUCAGUGAAACUGAGGCUGUUAGAUGAUGGUGCUACUGAGGAUGCGAGGGCUCUGAUCAGUGAAGGGAGAGGAAAGGGAGGCGGCCUGGGCGGCGGCAAGAAGGGCGGUAUGGGAGGAUUGCUGGCAGCCGCGCUUAUGAUGAAAGGUACCAUGAUGUCAAUGGGUUUAGGAGCACUCGCACUUCUAGCGGGAAAAGCGCUUAUGACUGCUUUGAUGUCUCUCCUGCUCUCAGCUGUCAUCGGCUUGAAAUCUCUGUCGUCAGGGGGUAAAUCAACGACAUAUGAAAUCGUAUCCAAACCUAUAUACAGCCACUCUCAUUCACAUUCAACGGCUCAUGAAGACGUAGGCGGUUAUGGGCAUUCGGGAUAUGGAAGAAAUUUGAAAUCUAGACGCUAAUACAUCAUGUUUGAAUUUCGAAUGAAUUCUGGGCGUCCAAUUAUAAUUUCAUGAAUCAUAUGCAU